AUGAGUAUUUUUCUUCAUGAUCUCAAUCAAGCAUAUACAACAAGUCAGCUACCUAACAGUGACACUACUAACCUACGUUAUCUCGAUUAUGCUGUUAUUGAACAACAAAUGUCAAUGACUGGUGCAAGUAUGUUUUGGCUUGAUGCUCUUCAAGACUUUAAACUCGAUCAAUCUUUACCGUUACCAUUUGAUCGAUAUCGUCUUUCAAAUGGACAUCGAACCGGUCGUGGAACAUCUAUUUCUUUCGAUUUUGGUCGAGAUCUUUCCCAUCACUUUCUUAUUCAUGCAUCAUCAAAUAGCAUAUCACUGGAACAACUUGUACUUGCUACCUACUUUAUCUUCUUAUUUAAAUUAACUAAUGAACAAACAGAUUUAUGUAUUGCAAUGAACAUUGACAAUCGUUAUAGGGAUGAACUAAAAUCUAUAAUUGGACUGUUCGAGAAUGUUAUUCCACUGCGAUGUCAACUAGAUUCUCAUUGGUCUUUUCAUUAUAUACUCGAUUUUGUUCGAGAAAUAACAACAAAUAGUAUGAAAUAUUCAUAUUUUCCACUUCAACGUAUUCUCA